AUGAGCAGUGAUAUUCAGACAACAAUCAGAGAUCUUCAGCUUUAUAUUAAAGUCAAGAGGAAAAACAUGACAUAUUUCCUCUAUGUCAACAUGAAUACCCGUUCAAUUGAUAUUAAACGCACUAUGACUCAAUUUGUUGAUCGCAAAGUUCACGAUAUGCAAUUAACAAUUCCUAGAUACGAUAAUAGAAAAUUCAACGAUUCUUUGACAUUGGAAAUGAUGAACUUAGUGAAUGGUGAAACUUUAACAUUACAAUUGCGUAGACCUGGAUCAGAUCAAUUUGAAGAUCUUAAUGAUGUUACUGGUAGCUAUAACACCAUUACUGGUACACUAUUCAGAUAA